AUGCUCCUCUCCAAACCACCAUUUUCGAUUCUAGAAACCUUCUCCAAGCUUGAUGACCUGAUCGACGGCAACGCAGAGUUGGCCGAAGCUAUCUUCAAGGCUGGCUUCCAAGCGUUCUUAGCACCCACUCUUGAUAGUGAGUGGGUCGCCUCCAUUGUGCCCGAAAAGUAUGUCUGUGAUGAGUACCAGAUCUACUCCAUCGUUAUGGAUCAUAUGAAUGUGAAGACAUCAAAAAACGACAUGGAAAAAGCGCGGAGUUGCAUCAACCAAUUCUAUCGAGAGUGGAGUGAAGAGGGGCAAGUCGAGCGGUCGAAGUGCUUUGAUCCCGUCAUCUCAGCCCUACAGACUGAAUUCAGUCUACGCAAAGAAGAUCAGCCCGAACUUGAUCGAUCUUCCAUGAACGUGCUUGUACCUGGUGCUGGAUUGGGCCGAUUGGUCUUUGACAUAUGUCGUGCUGGGUUCAGCGUUGAAGGUAACGAGAUCUCGUACCACGAACUGAUGGCUAGUUCCGUCAUACUCAACCACACGCAAAAUGUUGGCCAAUUCAGAAUUGCCCCCUUUGCAUUGAGUUGCUCAAACCACAUCUCUCGCACGGACCAGCUCCGUACUAUACAGAUUCCCGACGUACAUCCAAGCACCGAGCUGGCAAGUGCUAAUCAGUCCAAUGUACCGGCUCAUGAACGCAUGAGCAUGGCCACAGGCGACUUCUGCAUCCUUUACAGUCAGGCCGAGUACGCGAACACUUUUGAUGCUGUAACUUCAGUCUUCUUCAUCGAUACUGCUCCAAACAUUAUCCGUUAUAUCGAAACCGUACGAAAUUGCCUCAAGCCUGGCGGCUUAUGGGUCAAUUUGGGACCACUAUUGUGGCACCAUGCGCCGCACAAGGAUGAUGAUGACGAGAGAAAAGAGAAAAGGACUAGAAAUCAAGUUGACGAUGCCGGCAUUGGGGACCCUGGCUCAAUUGAGCUUAGCAAUGAAGAAGUUCUUGCUCUUGUACAACAUUUUGGGUUCACGAUCGAGAGGGAAGAAAUUGGCAGCUUUGAGACAGGGUACAUGACGAACCCCAAAAGCAUGCUGCAAAGCAACUAUAGACCAGCAUCCUGGACAGCAAGGAAAAAGGAGGAUGACAGCUUGAGCUAA